GAGGCCGCCGGCCUCUCCGGGCGCGCGGCGGAGCCAUGGCGGCUCGGCGGGCGGCGGUGCUGCUGCUGCUCGGGCUCGCGGCGCACGGGCCCGCGCCGGCGGCUGCCGCCAAGAUGAAGGUGGUGGAGGAGCCCAACGCCUUCGGGCUGAACAACCCGUUCCUGCCCCAGACCAGCCGCCUGCAGCCCAAGCGGGAGCCGUCGCCGGCGUCUGGGCCUGCGCAUCUCUUCAGACUCUCCGGCAAGUGCUUCAGCCUGGUGGAAGCCACGUACAAGUACGAGUUCUGCCCGUUCCACAACGUGACCCAGCACGAGCAGACCUUCCGCUGGAACGCCUACAGCGGGAUCCUCGGCAUCUGGCAGGAGUGGGAGAUCACCAACAGCACCUUCACAGGCAUGUGGAUGCGGGAUGGGGACUCCUGCCGCUCCCGGAGCCGGCAGAGCAAGGUGGAGCUCGCCUGUGGAAAGAGCAACCGACUGGCCCACGUGUCCGAGCCAAGCACCUGUGUCUACGCGCUGACGUUUGAGACCCCCCUCGUCUGCCACCCCCACUCUUUGCUAGUGUACCCGACCCUGCCAGAGCCCCUGCAGCAGCGGUGGGACCAGGUGGAGCAGGCCCUGGCGGAUGAGCUGAUCACCAGGCAGGGCUAUGAGAAAUCGCUGAAGGCACUUUUUGAGGAUGCCGGCUAUUUAAAGGCCCCAGGAGAAAAGGAACCCACCCAGCAGGAAGGAGGGACAACAGGCCUGCGGUUCGAGACCCUGGACAACUGCAAGAAGGCACACUCGGAACUGUCAAAGGAGAUACAAAGGCUUACCAGGCUGCUAAGCCAGCACAGCAUCCCCCUUGCGAAGCCCACAGAAACCUCCCACUCUGAGCACCUGGGCCAGCAUUCCCUCCCAGAGCAGCUGAGAGGUGAUCCAGGACUGCGUGGGAACAGCUUGUGACCUGGUGUCCACGUGGGAUGGAAAAAAAAACAGGGCAGAACGUGGGUGUCCUGCGGCAGAAGGGAAGAAGAGGAGCGCACGCAGCCUUGGGAGGAGCACAGAGGCCUGGAGCCUGCAGCAGGGAAGACGUGGCUCUCCCGCAUCACAGGCAGGGGUGCUCCCGAGGACCUGCCGGCCGGUCACUGUGCUCAGAGACACGGACAAAACAAAGAUUCAAAGUUUUAAUUAAUUCCCAUACUGAUAAAAAUAAUUCCAUGAGUUCUGUAAACCAUUGCAUAAAUGCUGUAGCGUAAAAAAAAUCUGGACAGGUGUUGACAACUUGAAACGGUUCUCCACAAGUGAGUGAUCACACGUUAGAAGUACUCUGGGUAGGAUUCCAUUCACAGCACAUCCAGAUGAACGCUGCACACACGCCACAGGAAGCGUGUGCUCGGGACGAGCGUCUCCUGCAGACCAGUCAGUGACUGGACGCUGACUGACUGCCCAUGUGUAACGUCGGAGGGCGAAGGACAGCGGAGGACAGGACGACAGCGUGGUUACUGCAGGGCCACGGUUCGAGCCCGGACCCCCUCCUCACCCGCCACGGGGGGGCCUCCCGCCUUCCUGCUGCUGUGCUCCUGGCACUCAGGGGUCCAGAGGCCGCACGCGCAGACCAGGCGGGCACCCUGCACUGCCAGCCCGCUCCUGGGCACGUCCUGGGUCUCCCCACACACCUAUUCCCAGAGCCCCUCCUGAUUCCAGCUGUGGCCCCGUGACUGCCACCAUCCCACCCCAGAAGCAGCCCCGUAGACUCGGGUGCCCCAGCCAAAUUCCACAGAAAGAACGGACCAGAGUAGCUUAUCACACACAGACCUAAAACUCAGCCGUUUUUAAUGGUUUGUGAUUUUGAAAACGUCUAGGCUAGACAACAAUAAUAAACAUGUCCUGUUCUUCCCAAAAGACCAAAGGCCUGAAAUGGAAACAAGUGCAUGAAUAUUAACAAAAAUAAUCUUAAACAGUGAAAACAGUAGCACAAAAUAUGUGCUGUCUAGGUACUGAGCUAAUAAAUCAUCACCGUGAUCACCAACAGGAGUCGGUAACCCACGUCCACGUGUAGUGGACUAGCUGUGGAACAUCACGGAGCCACUCCUUUGAAAUGACAGACUGUCGGUUUGUCUUAUAUUAAAAAUUGUUUUUUAAUAGCC